UACAGACACACAGCGCUAAAUGAUGUUGUGGGGUUCAAUCGAUAGAGGGUCGGAGUCAUGUUAGUCAGUGGGUUAGCUGGUGCAGAUCUGGGUUAUUACGUGUUGCCAUGGCGAUUGUGCAGCGGAACUGGGUCACAAAUGUUAAGCUAGCUAACUGUCAAUUAAGUUCAGCAAGAAACACGCUCCGUACACUCAACAACUGUCACGUUUGUUCAAGAUAACUGCGUGUGUUGUGCUGGUUAUGGCACCACGUCCUUCCGACAAAGCUAACAUUAACGAGUAGCCCAGCGGGGAACAGUGAUAGAAAGCUGGCGCUAACUCCCUGCGUGGUGGAGGGAAUGCCUCAUUGUUUUUCCCCGGGAAUCCGAGCGGGCCACACACACAAAACCCAACGGCAGCUUGGCUAACGUUCACACACAGGUCAUCGUGAUUGUCCACUGAGUUAGCCAUUAGUUAGCCCAACGUACAGAUGCUUCUUAAUCUGGUCGUGAUCGGAGAGUUUACGUUAGCUAAAGUGAACGGCUGCAAGCCUUAAGUGGGUGACAUGGCAACUGGAGGCACUCCUUUUGAUGACAGUGCAGAAGAGUUGCACAACUGGAGUGUAACCAAUGGCAGCCUGGUUGAUAGACUCAACAACAUGGACUGGGGUGUACAGAAGAAAGGCAACCGAUCCUCAGAGAAGAACAAGAAGAAGCUUUCAGCUGCAGUGGUAGAGAGCCGCCUGACCAAUGAUAUUUCACCAGAAUCCACCCCUGGGGCCGGCCGCAGGAGAGCACGCACUCCUCAUUCCUUUUCCCACAUCAAAUACACCACCCAGAUGUCUGUCCCAGAUCAGGCUGAGCUGGACAAGCUGCGUCAGAGAAUCAAUUUCACAGACUUGGAUGAGAGGAGCAUUGGCAGUGACUCCCAGGGACGUGUCACAGCUGCCAACAACCAGCGCCAGUUUGCUGGGGAAAACAAAAAGCCCUACAACUUCCUACCUCUGCAUGUAAACACUAACAAAAGCAAAGAGCUGCUCCCUCCUUCGUCCUCUGCGCCAGCCACACCAGCUAUCACCAAGGAAACUAAGAAACAGAGCCCAGGACUCAGGGACACGUUAACCCCUUUGGUUCUAGCCAAGGAUACUCCGAGGUUGAGUCGUGGUGCCGGCGACAGAGGGCCUGUGGCGCACAGAGAAUAUGCGAGAGGACAGCCAAGAAUAGACAGCAGCCAGGUGGUGAGCAAACUGGUACAGAUUCGGGAGUACAUCAGUAAGGCCAGCUCCAUGCGGGAUGACCUGGUGGAGAAGAAUGAUGUGCCGGCCAACGUGGAGCGUCUCUCCCAUCUCAUCGACCACCUCAAGGAGCAAGAGAAGUCCUAUUUACGGUUCCUGCAGAAAAUGCUGACACGAGAGCAUGAGGAGGAUGAUGUGGGGACCCUGGACUCUGCAGUGGGCUCAGGUUCACUGGCAGAGAGUACUUCUCUUAACAUUGAGGUCCGCUCCUCAGAUGCGUCAAAUGCAACGGGUGGCAGGUCAGAAACUGUGCGAGCUGACCAGAAGGAAGAGUUGGAGAAUCUGCGUAAGCAGCAUGAGCUGCUGAAGAAGAUGCUGGAGCAGCAGGAGCAGCUCAGGGCCCUGCAGGGCCGACAAGAAGCACUAAUGGCCAUGCAGGACAGUGCAGAACAGGCACUUGCUGUGAUUGAAGACACUGUUGUCACAGAAACCACAGGCAGUGUCUCGGGUCUGAGCAUCACAUCUGAACUGAAUGAUGAGUUAAAUGAUUUGAUCCAGAGGUUCCACAACCAGCUACAUGACUCCCGGACCAAAGCAGUGCCAGACAACCGUCGUCAGGCAGAGAGCCUUUCCCUCUCUAGAGAGGUGUGCUGGUCAAGGUCCCCCCAGUUGGCAGUUGGUCCACCUCAGCACAGGCCUCUCCUCCACUCUGCUUCUGGUCCCCACACUGGUCUAGACACGGGGGCAACAGCUGCUAGUGUCAAACUCACCAAGCUCCAAGAACUUCAGGACAAAAAACAAACCAUGGACAAGAUCUUACAGGAGCUGCAUUCACUCAGAGACCAGACACUCAAUAAUAACUCAUGCCGUGGAUUGUCAAGACAGUGCAGUCUGAGCAUGGGAGGAUCUACAGAUUGUCCAUCUGCUCUCUGCUCUAAUGGGGCUUCAGCUUCCACCUCCUUUCAUCCUUCACUCACGCAACAACAGGACAGCUCCAAUUCCACAGACAAGCUGAGGAAGCUCAAAGAGGUUCACAAGCGUUUGAAUGAGCUGCGAGAAUUGGUUCAGUACUACGAGCAGACGUCUGAUAUGAUGGUGGAUGCCGUCAAUGAAAAUGUGAAAGAGGAUGACGAUGAUGAGGAAGAGGAGGAGGAAGACGAGACAGAGGAUGGUUCUAUGUUUGAGGCCAUGUUUGAUUCUGAACAGGAGAACCGCCAUCCUGUAACUAACAUCAGAAACCCACAGCGCAGUGGGAACUGGACAGACCUGAAUAGCCUGACCAACGGGCGCAGUGUCAGGAGUGGUGCUGCAAACAACCGUGAUGGCAGACUCAACCGUGAUGGCAGACUCAACACUGAGUGUGAGAUUAACAACCGGUCAGCAGCCAACCUUCGCAGCCUCAACAUCCCGUCAGCCAUAGAGUGCCAGUACAAUAGGGACACCUCCUAUAAUCAGGUGAAGGAUGAUGAUGAGGUUGAAGAUGGUCUCGGUAAUGAUGAAGGGGCACAGGCUAUGGCUCCAGACAGUGAGGCAUCGGGAUCUAGUCGAAGAAGCAGUCUGGGGAACAAUGAAGGUUUUGUCCAGAAGGUUCAUCGUCAGACCGCGAAGCAGAAACUUCGGCAGCUUCAGGAGCUGGUGGCCAUGGUUCAGAGUGAUGACACUGAUGGCACAACAGCUAAUGAGGAUGAAGUUUUACACCAACAACCAAAUAAUACCAGAGCUGCAGUGGCUUUGUCAGUGGGGACUGGAUCCAAACAGAGCCCCAGAGAACUCAGUCUCUCCAGCAAGGCCAGGGAGAAGCUGUAUGAGGAGAAGCUGCGUCAGCAGAAGCAGGAGCUGAAACAGCUCCAUGAAGAGCGUCAGAGGCUAAUUGAGAUACAAGGGAAGAUCCAGGACCUGCAGUGGGCCUGCCCUGACCUCCAGUCAUCUGUGUCCAGCACAGUGAGUCAGCAGGGCUUGCUGAGGAAGGCUCCAGCUUCCACUCCAAUCAUUGGCCAGGCCCCCUCCUCCUCUGGACCGAAAACCAACUCAGCUGUGCUCAAACCCACUGCUCCAGAAGCAGCUACGUCUUCAGUAACUGACCAUGAGCAGCUUUGGUCAGAGAUGCGUCGGCACCAGAUUUUGCGCGAAGAACUGCGGCAGCGCAGAAAGCACCUCGAGUCCUUGAUGGCUGAACACCAGAGGCGUAGCGGUCUCAGUGACUCUCCUCAGAGGAUUGAAAAUCAAGAAGGCCUUGCUACACCCUCACAGCCUGUCAGUAGGGAUGAAAGGACAAUGGCUACAUGGGGAUCCACUCCCUGCCACCUUGAUGAUGAUGAUGAUGACGAUGAAGAUGAUUAUCACUCAGAGAUGGGUGUAGAAGAGGAAGAGGAGCAGGAAGAAUGUGCAGAGAGCAGCUCGGGUGAUGACAUCCAUAUCUACUCAUCCACCAGGAACCAGUGCUCCUACAGUAACAGGAAGAACCAAGGAAGCAACCUGAAGCCCCCACCAGCCUUCUCAAGUGAGGGUAGUGGGAAUCCAUGUCUUCAUAACAAGACUAAGGUCAAGCAGCAGCAGCAGCAGCAGCAACAGCAGCAGUCCCGAAGUUUGAACCAGUCUGCGAGCCAGCAUGGCGGCACACGGCGGCAAGAGAACCUGCGAUGGGCCUCUGAACUGUCUUUCACUGACGGCUCGUGCCACUGGCAGGAACAGGUCAGCCAGCUGCAGAGACAGCUGGACUUCAGCACCAGCAUGUGUCAGACACUCCUGCAGGACCAACAGACACUCUCUUAUAUGUUACAAACCCUGAUGACGGGUCAGUACCCUAUGUUAGCAAACAACUUAUCAUCACCACAGGUCCACCUGGUCAUGCACCAGCUCAACCAGUGUUACACUCAGCUGACUUGGCAGCAAAACAAUGUACACAGACUAAAGCACGUCCUGAAUGACCUCCUUCGCCAGCAGCAGCAACAGCAAACGUCGUCCUCAGCUCCAGGUUGGCAGACACAGAAGCAGGGCUCAUCCCAAGAAUCCAGCUCCGGUCCCUCAGCCUCUCCUGGUGGCUUCCUCCCCUUUUCCUCUACACUUCAUCCUUCAGCCAACAACAUGUCAACUGCUGCCAUAUCCCCAUUUCCUCCCAGCUUUCACUUAUAUCCACUCUUCCCUGGUCCCAUGGGUGAGUUCCCUCAGGGUGCAGCAAGUCAGGCAACACCUGACCACCAGAAGCAGCAGUUAGACCCCAACACUUCAAUUAAAACAGAGUACAUGAGUUUCCCUCCUCCACUGCAGCGUUCCCCUCUUAACACAGAGAGAGGAGCAACUGGCUGGUUGAAAACUUCCUACGCAAACAACACUGUCGAGCAUCACAGAUCUAAUACGGGGCCCAACGAGUCUCCGUCCUCCUCCCCGACUUUUGCCAGCCGCCACUUGCGACCUCAGGAAUUUGACAGGGCAUCACAGGAAAGCUUCAGCAGCAUGCCUGAUCCUGUUGAUCCCACCACCAUCACAAAGACUUUCAAAGCCGGGCGCAAGGCCUGUGCACAAGCCAAUCUGGCCUCCCGAAGCAGGACACCCAAUACUAAGAGUCGUCGCAGGAGGAACAAAGGGCACAACAAGAACAGUGAAGGCCAUGAGAGUGACAGUGCAAGCAGUACUGCGGACUUUGCCCAUGAGAGGGCGCCCUUGUCACGUCAGAAGGAUCAGAACAAGAGUCUGUUGGACAAACUGACCCAAGAGAAACUAGACAGCAAAACUAAGUUCGGGAACAAAAGAAACGAUCUCUCCUCUGCCUAUGCUUGGAGAACACCCUUCCUUUCUAACAGAAUUGCAUGCACAGAAGCACCAGAUGCAAGCAGCGACUUCUCAUUGUUCGAGGCUCUGAGGGAGACGAUCUACUCUGAGGUGGCUACUUUGAUAUCCCAAAAUGAGUCCCGUCCCCACUUUCUCAUCGAGCUCUUCCAUGAGCUGCAGCUGCUCAACACAGACUACUUGAGGCAGAGAGCGCUGUAUUCCCUACAGGACAUUGUGACUAGUCACCUAACAGAGAAGAGCGUUGCUGAGGACCAGUUGCCCCCUCUCGGUCCUGUGGUCUGGGCUGCAGGCUCUCAGUCUGAACUCACACCCAGUGAGAGUCUGACUACCAGUGAUGCAGAGGUGGUGGAGGUAGUGGAGAAAAACCUGAGGCUCACACAGGACACAGUGAAGAAGAGGGAUGAUGCAGAAUCUGUGGACAAUGAAAGCACCUUGUCAACGUCCUCCAACCUGGAACCGUUUGCUAAUGAUGAUCUGGGCAACACGGUGAUUCAUUUAGACAAAGCUCUGGCCAGGAUUAGGGAGUAUGAGCGCAUGAAGCUUAAAGCUGAGUUUAACCCCUGCAACGCCAGCACUGCAGGUGCAGGUGGCUCUGACGUCUCAAACGCUGAACAUCCCUCUGCUAACCCCGCUGACCAAGUGGAAGGAGGUGCAGCUGCUCCUGUAGGUGAUGUGCGCUGCCCUCAGAUUGACACACAGCAGCUGGAUCGCCAGAUCAAAGCCAUCAUGACAGAAGUCAUCCCAUUCCUUAAGGAGAACAUGGAUGAGGUGUGUUCCCUCCAGCUGUUGACAUCUGUGCGGCGCAUGGUUCUGACUCUCACCCAACAAAAUGAUGAAAGCAAAGAGUUUGUUCGCUUUUUCCACCGACAGCUGGGAGGAAUACUGCAGGACUCUCUUAGUAAAUUUGUGGGCCGUACUCUGAAGGACUGUGGUGAGGACCUCCUAGUGGAGAUCUCAGAGAUCCUGUUCAAUGAACUUGCCUUCUUCAGGCUCAUGCAGGAUUUAGAUAAUAGCAGCAGCAUUGCCCUGGCAGCCAAACACAAAAAUAAGAAGAAGCCUGAGCAACCCAGUAAAGCAAAGUGCAGUCUCAAGGAAAAUACAACAGCUGGUGGUGAUAAAUCGGUUUCUCCUGCCUACACAGAUGAAGACAAGGACCAAGAUGAGGCUGAGCAGGAGGGGGAUUCUACUCUGCAGGAGCUUUACCUGCAGACAGAGAGGAAGAACAGCAGGAGCAGUGAGGCCUCAGAGGUUGAAGAGGAGGAUGAGGAUGAAGGGGGUGGACAAGGAAUACCUCUGUCAAUCAGUCUGUCCAAAGCAGAGACUCAGGCCUUGACAAACUACGGCAGUGGAGAGGACGAGAAUGAGGAGGAGGAGAUUGAGGAGUUUGAAGCCGGACCUGUUGAUGUUCAAACAUCCCUGCAAGCUUCUGCCGACGGACAGGUGGAGCAGGAGGGGACAACGCGCAGUGACACCCAGGAGACCAAAACUGAACCGAAGAAUUCAGAUGAUGAAGAUGAAAUCAACAACUCUGUCCGGGCUGUGGAUUCCACAGAACAGGAGCAUGACAUGGAGAAGUGCCAGAGUCCUGAGGAGGAGAGUAAAGAUGAGGCAGCUGCUGCCUUAGAAGAAAGCUCCGUCUCUCAUGGUCAGGAGGUCCCCAAGGAGUCAACCACCACAAGCAGCCCUGACACGGACUCACCCGUCAUGAUAAAUGUAGAUGAGAUGGGCUCGGGUAACACCAGUCAGAAAUCUGACGAGGAAGACUUUGUGAAGGUGGAUGACUUGCCGUUACAACUUACAGUCAUGUGUGAGGAGGAACUACAGAAGAGAAUAGUGGAGGAGCAGCAGAAUAACAACCUGUCUGUGGAGAUCCUCAAUGGGAACACUGAAUCGCUGACUGGGCUGGUGGGAAAUGCACACGCGCUGAAGGAACCAGACACUGUUGGUGCCCAGAGAGUGUAAAGGUUCAUACCGAUGUCUCAAGAUCUACUGUUUUUAGCAACACUAUGUUUAAACCCUCAAUCUGUAUUGAUUGUAAGAUUGUUGAUUCUUUAUCUGCUAGUUUUAAAGGAGCAAAAGGCUCAUGAUAUUGGUCACAAGUUAGCUGUGACGCGCAACAGAUAAAACUAAACAUCUGCACAUAAUCAACACAUAGUUCCUUUUAUUCCUGAAUGUUUAGUGUGAUUUAUGGAUAAUCUUGGGAGGGGUCAUCUCUAAGCUGCUGAUUACUGACAGUUAAGCCUCUGUUUGAAUCUUUAUAUUACUGAAACUCCUCUUCAGAGCCGCCUUAGUUUCUUUCUUGUUUGUGGGAUCAGUUUGACAUAAGUUGUGAGUUUUAAAAUGUUUUAUUUGUCUCGGCCUGGCCUUAUUGCUGUACAGCUCAUCUUAUCUGCACUUGAUUCCUAAUUAUAAAGAGAUUACAGUAGGAUGGAAGUUCAGCUGUAGCCUGGCUGACUUCAGCCAUUUGUCUCUCCAGCUUGAACACUUUCUUUCUUUCUAUGAGAGCUCAAAGCUCCGACUUAACUUUUAUCCCUUCAGACACAUCUUUAUACUGUUUUGUUCUGUUAGUCGUUAAUCUCCAUUGAUUUUUCAUGUAAUUAAAAUGUUGACUACAGUAAUAAGUUUUAAAUAAUAAAAUGCUGGAAGUUUCAAAAAUG